AUGCUUUCUGCGAUACUCGCUGUUGCUCUGGGAGCAGCCGUCGCUCUCGCUUCAAAAACAGGCGUCAAGACGCAGACUUGCAUAGUACCUUCCCAUGGUAAUGUGAAUAUCUCUGAUACCCCUGCUGUUCAUGCCACUUUCAAAAAGUGUGGCAAGGGCGGGCAUAUCAUCUUCUCAGAAAAUACAAAUUAUACUCUGAGGGAAUUGACGACUAUGACUCCCUGUAUCGGGUGCACCGUUCAACUUGAAGGAACCAUCCAAAUGGCCGACAACAUCACCUAUUGGCUGAAGAACGAGACAACAAACACCCCCAAUAUCACUGCCGAGACUUUUCCUCACUUGGUCUACUACCCAUUCCAAGAUACAGUCGCGUACCUCAUAUUGAAAGACUGGUCACAUUCCACUCUAGUUUCGAAAACCGGCAAGGGUUUAAUCGAUGGACUCGGCCAACUAUGGUGGGAUGCAGCAGUAGGUCAACAAAUUCUUCUUCCCGGAACUUUGCGUCGGCCGGUCCUCUUCACUCUGGAUGGAGCCAACAACGUCACUGUGGACAACGUGACAAUGCGGAAUCCCGCCAACUGGUUCAACUGGGUGACCGACAGCUCAAAUGUUGUUUACAAAAACAUUCGGUUGUCAGCCUUGUCGGCGAACAAGAAUCCGCCGGCGAAUGCUGAUGGAUGGGACACUUACCGCACUUCUCAUUUCGAACUUCGGGAUUCGCACAUCGUCUCUGGAGAUGACUGCUUUGCGUUCAAACCCAACUCUACAUAUAUCACCAUCGAGAACGUCUACUGUCAAAAUUCGCAUGGUGUUAGUGUUGGCAGCCUCGCGCAGUAUCCUGGCGUAUUGGAUAUCGUAGAGCAUGUCAAAGUGAAAAAUGUGACAUUUGUUGGAAAUGGCGAUAGCUCUUCUAAUGGGGCACGCAUCAAGAUUUGGUCCGGACCGGUAGGGUCUGCGAUCGUCAAUGACAUCCAUUAUGAAGAUCUACGAGUCGAAAACGUCACGAAUCCAUUGGUAGUUGACUCCUGCUACUUUAGUUCCGCAUAUUGUGCUACCGGAAAACCUGUAGCGACCAUAACGAACGUGACGGUGACCAAUAUCACCGGCACUUCGACAGGAAAGGUUGUGUCCUCGAUCAUCUGUCCAGAAGGGUCGACAUGCGAUAUCAAGCUCAAGAAUGUCAACAUAGUUCCCAAGACAGGUGUUGCGCCUGUGUACAGGUGCUUCAGUGUCGCGAGUGAGGAUUUGGGUGUGAACUGCACGUAUCCGACGAUUGUGAAUGGAGCAUUCAAGUGGCCGGCUUAG